GUCUAAUUAUUUAUAAACACACACUUUGCUUGAAGCCUUUCUUUCUGUUCUGCAUGAAAACUGAAACAACAACAAACUAAAAAAGAAAAGGAAAGAAAAGAAACCACACUCUAUUCUAAAUCUACUGAUAAUCCAAAAAAAAAAAAAAACCCUCCUUUUAUUUCUUUAUAUUCUGAUUCUCAUUCUCUCCUGUGUGUGACAUAAAAACCUUACAUUUAUAUUUUAUUUUUCCUUGGAGAAUUUUUUUCCAAAAGAAAGAAAAAAUGAGAUGGGAAAGGGUGCAGCAGCAGUUACAGCAAGGGGUUGCAAUAGAAGAGUUAAAUGGACCAAGGAAGAGGUGGGGACACACUUGUAAUUCGAUUAAAGGAGGAAGAUUUCUCUAUGUUUUUGGUGGCUAUGGAAAGGAUAACUGCCAGACCAACCAAGUUCAUGUCUUUGAUACUGUUAACCAGACUUGGAGCCAGCCAAUGUUAAAUGGCACACUGCCAGUUCCGAGAGAUAGCCACUCUUGUACAACUGUUGGUGAAAAUCUCUAUGUGUUUGGGGGUACUGAUGGGAUGAACCCUCUCAAGGAUCUGCGUAUCUUAGAUACUUCAUCACAUACUUGGAUAUCUCCAAAUGUAAGAGGUGACGGACCAGAUGCACGGGAGGGUCAUAGUGCUGCCCUUGUUGGCAAACGACUUUUCAUAUUUGGUGGCUGUGGAAAAUCUUCAGAUAAUAGUCAUGAAAUCUAUUACAAUGAUCUUUACAUCUUGAAUACAGAGACAUUUGUAUGGAAACAAGCAAUAACAACAGGCACUCCACCUUCUGCCCGCGAUAGCCAUACUUGCUCAUCCUGGAGGGAUAAAAUCAUUGUGAUUGGUGGUGAAGAUGGGCAUGAUUAUUAUUUGUCAGAUGUCCACAUCCUAGAUACAGAAACUCUUGCUUGGAAGGAGCUGAACACAUCGGGCCAAAAGUUGCCACCUCGAGCUGGCCAUUCUACUGUUUCUUUUGGCAAGAAUUUAUUUGUUUUUGGUGGAUUUACAGAUGCUCAAAAUCUAUAUGAUGACCUACACAUGCUUAAUGUUGAAACUGGCAUUUGGACCAUGGUGAUGACAACUGGAGAUGGACCUUCUGCCAGAUUUUCUGUGGCUGGGGACUGCUUGGAUCCACUGAAGGGUGGUGUGCUUGUGUUCAUUGGUGGCUGCAAUAAGAGUCUUGAGGCACUGGAAGAUAUGUAUUAUUUACACACAGGUCUCACAAGACUGCAAGAUGAAUGGCGUAUGGAAAAGUUAUCUCUGAAAAAACAAUUGAAACUAAAGUGCCAAGAACAAAAUCUUAAUUCUUCUGUGCAUGAAAAAGUUUUAGUCCGAAUUGACACAAAUGCUGACUUUCACCACACCCUUUUGAGUUAUGCCCAACCAGACAGAAUUGGAGGUCUCAUGCAAUCACCAAAAAAUGAUUUAGAGUGCCUUGGCAGAGAAAAUUUCCCGUUAAAUCAAACACAGCAUGAUCAUGGGAAGAAGACAUUUCAAGCCAAAGUUACUGAAAGCCUUCCUCAUGGAUAUACCAUUGAGACUAUUGUAGAUGGAAAGCUUCUACGUGGAAUAUUAUUUUCCAACAAGCAAAGUUCUCCCCAGAUAGUUAGCCACAAUAACCGCAGGAAAAGGGCAAGUGCUGAAAGUGGUGUUGUAUUGAAUGGUGACUACAACAGCAAAUCAAAAACUUCUAAAACCCUCAACCUGGAUGCAGUAGAAAACAUUCAGCCAGACAACGCUCAUGGGAUGGAAUCCACAGCACAGGAACCCAAGACGGAAGCUGCUGCUGUCCCUGAUUUAAAAAAUCUGGCUUCCUCUAAUGUUCAUCUGUCUCAUGAGGUUCCUCCAAAUGCAGUACCACCAGCGACUUCUACUCUGAAUUUGAAUGAUGAUAUGACCUCUGAUAUAGGAUUUCUAAAAGAGAAGUCUACUGCAGCAGAGGGCCCUACCACUUUUUCACUAAACCAAGGUAAAGAGAAAACAUAGCAAAGCAAAUAAAGGAAUCUAAGCUGACUUAGAAAACAUAUGUGGCUGGAAAGUUUCCUUAUUGUGCAAGGAGAAUACUUCAGCAACUUAAUUGUAUUUCCUAGUAAUGGAAUGAUACCAAGAAAUGGCAAAGAGAAACAUUAAAGACAAUAUCUUUUUUCUUCCAAACGAAUGAUAAAUACAAGGUUGAUAUCAAAAUACUAUUCUAACUUAGAAACCAAAGGGACAACAACUUCUCUUUUAGUUUCUAGGAUUAUUAGGAAGCAUUAUAAGCUACAAAUAAGUCUUGUAUCAAACUUACAAUGUUUUCUUCUUUCUUCUCUUUUCACGACGGAUAAAGACUUAGAACUUAUGAGCUUUAUUUUUAUUUUGUUAGCUACAACCCAAAGCUUAUGUGAGCUUAAUUAAUACUUUGUUUUCAGCUAGGAUCCAAGGCUUGUUUGGAUCAAGGUUUGGGCUUACUAAUAAAUGUUUUGGGUCAAUUUUUAUAAGUUAGUCAAUUCAACCCACAAGGUAGAUCCAUUAGGAUUAAUUUCUUAGAACUAUUUAAACACAUGUAAGCCUAAAUUUCGACAUUUUUGAUGAAUAAUACUUCUGAAAUUUUUAGUUUAA